AUGGCAAGGCUGGUGUACUCAGCAUCCUCAAAGAGGAUAUCGUGGGAAACAGAGUCUGGCGUUGCUACUCUUUCAUAUACGGGAUCCAUAAGCAAAAAGCCCGACUCAAAGCAGAUUGAAUUCCAAACAAUUCUAGGGAUUCUUAAGGUCGAAAAGAAUGAGCUCUACGAGGAAUUUCUUGCAUGUGUCACCAAAAGCACUCUUGUGGGUAUGUAUGAUGCAGUGGAGAUAUACAAGAUUGAUAAAAUUAGGUUCCUGAACAUUAACAACCCCAGCAGGGCUGAUGAGAUAAUGUCCCAGGUAAAAGGAUUUGUUCAAUCACACGACUUCUACUACUUUUCCGGAUUCCUGUCGAUAGAAGACGAGUUUGUGUGGAACAAGCACAUGAAGACGAAUCUCUUGAGAUAUCUUGGACCAAGCUCUUACCCGUGGGUGCUUUCCCACAGGCCGGGGAGAGAUCCUCUUAAUCUCAGCAUCCCAACACUUUUCUGCGGGUUUUUUGCAGCAGAGGCAUUCAAGGCAUCGGGAGACUUUUAUCACAUGAAGCUUCUUUCGCUUGUGUCCUCCAAUAGAGUUGGGACAAGAUAUUUAUGCAGAGGGAUUGAUAGCGAGGGGAAUGCAUCUCUUUUUGUAAAGACACACUUUCAGACAAAGCGAAACAACAGCACGAUAUUCGACUUCACAACGAUCAGAGGGUCUGUCCCGAUAUUCUGGAACCAGAUAGAGCAUGGAAUCUCCACAAAGAUAAACAUCUACGGGGACGAUGAGGACGUAAGAAAGGCGUUUAAAAAGCACUUUGUAAAGCUCGGGAAGGAGUAUGGGAAGGUGCAUGUAAUCAAUCUUCUUGGAGAAAAGAAGUACGAAAAGCGGCUUACCUCGUACUUCAGCAAGUUGCUGAAUCUAGAGAACAUCCCGUACACCACAUUUGAUUUGAAUGCACAUGCAAACAACUACGAUGACUUGAAGUUCCUUCUCUAUUUCAAGCUCCGGAGCAUUGAACAGGAAGGAGUGAUCUUCCGAGUGAACUGCUUAGACUGCCUUGAUAGAACAAACGUUGCACAGUCUCUGAUAUGCAUGUUCUAUUUCGAGAAGGCUGUGAACGAUGGUGAUGUCCUGAAGAAGAUGCAGGAAUGCUGGGCAGACAACGGAAAUUCGUUAAGCAACCUGUACACGGGAUCUGACGCAAUGAAGAAGGAGCUAGCUCUCAAGGGCAGGAGAUCGUUUAUUGGAUACAUGGACGACUUUAUGAUUUCUGCGACCAGGCUCAUAAACGGCAGGUUUACAGACAGGCAAAAGCACAGCAUUAUAAACAUUCUGUUGGAAAAAAGGGAAGAUUCCGAGGAAUCCCAGGUCUCUUACUAG